AUGUUCCGCGUAUCGAAGACCGUUUCUUUACCGGAAUUUGUCAAAAUGGAGUUUAUGAAGGAGAUUGGACUGUGUCAUGUACGCAUCAGUGAAGGACUUUCAUCCCUGUUACAACUUUCCGGACUGGUUGCUAGACUGUGUGCUGUACAGGCUAGCUGA